AUGACAACUACAUUCGAUGUUUUGAUUAUCGGCGGUGGACCUGCUGGUCUUAGCACGGCAGCAUCCAUCGUUCGCCAGAGCCAUCCCACCCUUAUCAUCGACUCUGGCAAAUAUCGUAACAAAGAUAGUUAUAUGCAUACCGUACCAACUUGGGACCACGCCAAGGCUGGUGACUUUCGUGCAGCCGCCAGAAAAGAUUUCGAGCGCUACAAUACUGUUCAAAUCGAGGACGGCGAGGUUUCCACAGUCAAUAAAACUGAAGCUGGACUUUUCCAGGCUACCUGCACAAACGGAAAGGUUUUUGAAGCCCACAAACUUGUAUUGGCCACGGGUAUUGUCGAUGUUUUGCCCAAGAUUGAGGGUUACGCCGAGUGUUGGGCUACUGGCAUCUUUCACUGUCUCUACUGUCACGGAUGGGAAGAGAGAGACGUACCAUCAUCGGGUAUUCUUGCCGAAGGAGAGAUUGCCAAUGUCGUUGUAUCACUACAUGUAGCACGACAAGCACUUCGACUCUCGAAAGAAACCACCAUCUACACCCUUGGCAACGAAAAACUCGCUAUUGAUAUCACUGCUGCUACUGCUACUGCACCAACAAUGAAAGUUGAUUCUAGACCAAUUAAGAAGUUGACCAAGGGCUCCGAACGAGCAGAGGUUAUUAUCCACUUUGAGGAUGGCACUACAAAGGUCGAAGGAUAUUUGGUACAUAAACCUAAGACUGUACUUAGGGGUGAUCUUGCACAGCAGCUUGGUCUUGACUUGACUCCGCAGAAUACCAUCAAGGUCAAUCCACCCUUCAAUCAGACUAGUGUCAAGGGUGUUUUUGCCGCCGGCGAUGCUGCCAACCCUAUGCAAACGGUCACACAAGCCAUCUUCUCGGGUACCGUAUGUGGUGGUGGGGCGCCACUACAGCUUCAGGCGGAAACGUAUGGCCAGAAAGGUCUUUUCUAA